AUGAAUAGAAUAUUAGAAGAUUCGUGGGAACAUUAUAAAAAUCUUUUCAAUAAGAUGGUUCAAAGUACAAAAGAUGUUAUAACUCUUAGCUAGUUGGUAGAGUAAAUGCAAAAAGCACAUGAAUAAUUUUCAAAAGAAUUAGAAUAAAUUGCAUCUAAAUUUCAUGACUAGAUUUAAGGAGAUGCAGGUGAUCAUGAUGGACUCUUAUUUGCAUAUUAGCAUUUGAGUAAUUAUCUCUUAAAAAUAUCUUAAAGCCACAUGUAUCUAAGUAAAAACAUAGCAAGUGAGAUUUUAGAACCAUUCAAAACAUUUAUUGAAAAUUUCCGUCAAACAAAUCGUGAAACAAGUACUAAUGCAAAGUUAUGGUUGAAUGAUAUGGAGAAAAAGAGAGAGAAACUUUUAGAAUCUCAAAGAUUAUUUUAUUCUAAUCGUAAAAUAGCUGAAAGCUAUAAUGAAGUUAUUGAAAAAACAGCUGAGUUAGUUGAAAAGGGCACAAAAACUCAGAUUGAUUUAUAGAAAGUAACUCAUCAUUCAGUUUAACUUAAAUUUAAAGCAGAAGAGUCAUAAGAAGAAUAUAAGAAAACGAUAAACCAAGUGAACUUGGAGUGGGAAAACUUUUCAAAACAAUAUCCAACCAUUUUUACGCGAUUUUAGUACAAUGACGAAAGUCGCAUUGCUUUUUCCAGAUAAACUAUAUCAAAGAUAGUUUAAUAUCUACAAUCCUAAAAUUAAAUUGAUUUGAACUCAGCAAUAUAGUACCAAGAUAAAUUUUAAGAAUAUGAAAAGCAAAUAGUUUCUGAUAAGCGUCCUGAAUUGUGGAAAGUAAUUUCUAAGGGUUAAAGUGUUUAGUUUUUAGAAAGGCUCAAUUGCUACUAAGAAAAGUUUUUAAAUUAUGAAGCAUGGAAAAAAAAUCAAGAAUAAGAUUAGAAUUAAUCAGUUUAAAAGUCAAACAAAGACAAUAAGGAAAUAGAAGACUCUAUUAAUUUUUAAGAAGAUCAAUAGAUGACAGAGGAAGAGUACUAAAAAGUCGAUUAAUUAGUUUUUGAUAUACUUGAUGAUACUAAAAUUAAUCUUUAACUCUUUUAGAAGAAAUGUUCAAGUUUUUCUGGAAGAUCUAGCUUAAACUCAAGUAUGAUUGAUGACUAAUAAACUUUAUCAAGCCAACUAAGUUCAUCUAAAAUAGAAAUACAUCAUGACACGCUGAAUGAGGAUUCUAAAUCUGACUAUAGCUUUGAUGGAGAUAGCUGUGCCUUAAGUUAACGUUCGUUCUAGACAAAUUUUUUAGGAUUAUUUGGUAGUUAAUAAGUAUGUGAAUAUUUUAUAGAUAAUCUAACUCAGAAUAUUCAAAAAAAAUCAAGUUUUAAUAUUGAACUUGUUGAAGAAAAGUUUAUUGACGUUUGUGAGCUUAUGAAAGUAGUAUUAAAUUACAUUUCUUCAUGUUAAAAUGAAAAGAUUUCUCCAGAGACAUUUUAAAAUAUUUUGAUAAUUAUCACUAAAAUCAUAAAAAAAUAAAAGAAAAAUCGUAAAGAAUUUUUAGCUACUCAUGUAAAUGAUUUAAAACUAUUAUACAAUACCAAGAAUUGGGAAGAUUUAUUUGAUUUUAUCAAAAUAAAAAAAUUGGAUGAUAAAAAGAAGAAAAUUAAUCUUCUUAAGGAAUAGCCCACUAUUUUUAACAGCAAAAAUAUUCAAAAAGGAAUUAAGCUAUUAGGUUUUGGGUUAAAUAAAAUUGGAGGAUUCUUUUAAAAGAAAUAAGAAAAACUUUCUGAAGAAGAUAAAGCGUUGGAAAGUGAAUUAAGUUACUUUACAUUAGACGAACUUAAUAAGUACUUACUUAAUAUAGAGCUUUCAUCUGAAUUUGUUAGCGAUUUGAUUAUCGAUUUAGCUAAAAAGAAAGGGGCUUACCUUGAUUAAAUACCAAGAAUUUUAGAGAAAUAAGAGAAUAAAAAAAAUUCAGAGCUAAGGCGUAACUUUUUAUCAUACAAAAAUAAAAAGAGACGUGAUGAGGAGAGAUUUGAAAAGAUUUAAAAAAAUAAAUUACUCCUUAAAGUCUAUGGAAUAAAGUGUGCACUUUAGUUCUUAAGCACAAAAGACAAACCUUGGCAACUAUUGCAAUUAAAUAGCACAUUUAAAUAGAAUUUACGUAAGUAAAUAUAUAAAAUUUACUUAUUUAGAGAUUCUGAAACUGAAUGGUUAAAUAAGAAUCGUGUUUAAACUUGGUUGAGUAUCUUAAAUAUUGACAGUUUAAAGUUUAAUUACAUUGAUUACAAAAAAGAGGUUGCCAUUAAUGCUAAGCCUGAUUAAAUUGAAGAAAUCAUCACUUUAGAUGUUAACAGAUCUCUUCACUUGCAUUAAGACCGUAUUAACUCAAACUAGCUCUAGAGCUUGCUUAGAAUUUUUGCUUAUUACAAUACAGAUAUAUCAUAUUGUUAAGGUAUGAAUUAUAUUGCUGGAUUUUUGUAUUUGAUAAUUCUAAAUGAAGCAUAAACAUACAAAGCAUUCCAUACUGUAAUGAAUACAUAUUUCAAAUAAUUACUUACAGAUAACUUUGAGUAAUUAAAAGUAGUUUUCUAUUAAUUAGAAAGACUUCUUAGUAUAUUUUUACCAGAGUUAGCUGAUCAUUUAAAAUAAUAGGGUGUCGAUUCUAAUUAUUAUGCUACCAGCUGGUUUAUCACUAUUUUUAGUAGUGUGUUUUAAUAUGCAAAAGAUUCAUAUCUCCUUUGCGCCAUUUGGGAUAUCUUUUUAUGUGAAGGCUGGAAAGGUUUCUUUAAGUGUGUUUUGUGGAUUUUAAAGCUUAUUUCUCCAAAGCUCACUAAAUUAGAUUUUGAUGACAUUUUACAUUCUUUAUCUGAUUUAAUUAAAAAUGAAUUGUUCGUUAAUUCUUAUUCAGAUCUAAAGAAAAAAGGUAUAUUACCUAAUGUGGACAACAUUAAAACAGAAAUUAAAUAAAUUAAAGUAACUAAUAAGCUGCUAGAAAAUCUUUAAAAUGAGCAUAAAUUCUUUUAACUUAAUCUUAAAAAGAAGUUACAAGGAAUUUAACAAUGA